AUGUUUUUUACCGUAUCGAUCUUAAAUAAUGCUGCAUUAGGCUAUGAAAUAUCUUUGCCAUUUCAUAUCAUUUUCCGAAGUGGUGGAUUAAUAGUUAGUAUGAUUUUAGGUUGGGCUUUAGUUGGUAAAAGGUUUGUUUUAAUUCAAUCAAUCCCUCUUCUCACAACUGCUGCCGAUCUAAUGAAGCUGUCAUCUUAUCAUAGAUAUGCGCUCACACAAAUUGUGGCAGUAAUCAUGAUAACUUUUGGUGUUGUAUUCGCUACAUUAAGUUCUGCAAACAACCAAUUAGUGGAAGAUAAAAAUUCUGGUUUUACAGCCGACUAUAUAUUUGGAAUAAUGAUUCUUACAGUUGCAUUGGUACUAUCUUCCUUUAUGCGUUUAUAUCAAGAAAUGAACAGAUCAAAUGAUUGGCGCGAAGGAUUAUUUUAUACCCAUUUUCUUGCGCUUCCUUUAUUCUUAAUAUUUUAUGAUGACAUAAAAAGUCAAGCUUUAUUAUUAAAUGAAUCUCCUCAUGUGUCAUUAGAGGAAAUUGUCAAUGAUUUCUCUGGUGGUAAAAUUUUUGCAUCUUCCGAUGUAAUCCAUAAUGCUUUAUCUUAUUGCACUUUGCCAAGAACUUGGCUAUACUUGAUCAUGAACGUGCUUACACAAUAUCUUUGUAUAUCAGGAGUUCAUCGACUUCACUCUGUUUCAUCAGCAUUAACUGUAAACCUUGUGCUAAAUCUUCGUAAAUUUAUCUCCCUGGUUUUGUCAGUCUUGUUUUUUGAUAACGAUUUUCAUAUUGGUAUGGGUAUAGGAGGUGCUUGUGUGUUUAUAGGAACUAUUUUAUAUUCAAUUGGAAGUGCCGGUGGUGAUAGGUCAAGUAGUUUAAAGAAAGUUGAUGAUGAAAUCGUUGUUAAUGAAUAUUUGAAAAACAAUUCAAGGAAAUCAGAAAUUACAAAUUUAAAAAAAAGGAAAAAAGUUAAAUAG